AUGAGGCCGAGGUUCUUUUGUCCUCAGGCAUUGUCCCACCCUGCUCGUUUCUAUGCUCCUACUCCUUCACACGAGACGUACACAGAAUAUACACAAGCCAUGCCAUACUUUGACAUAUUAGGGAUUGUUGGCAAUUUCCAACUACUUACGGUCUAUUUUGCCUUCGGAUCUUUUGUGGUAUUGUAUGGCUUGCACAGAUGGCUACUUCCCAAACCUCUUCCAGACAUCCCUUACAAUGAGGACUCAGCCAAGUCCAUCUUUGGCGACUGGCUGAAUCUUCGCAAUGACCCUGGUGGACUGGCGAAAUGGAGCAGCAAACAACUUGAGAAGCAUGGUUCUCCCAUCUGCCAAGCGCUAAUGGGGCCUCUUUCCAAACCUGUCGUUCUGGUCGGCGAUCUUCGUGAAGUCCGUGAGGUGAUGACUCGGAGCGACUACGACCGCUCCGCCUACAUCAUUGACCGUUUUCCGCUUCUGGGCGAGUUUCACCUGAAUAUGAUGACAGACAACGACUGGAGAACAUCUAGAAACUGGCUGAAAGACCUCCUAGAUAAACCCCACAUGCAUAAUGUGGUUGGGCCCUCUGUCCACACCUCGAUGGUUAGGAUCAUAGAUCUUUGGGAGCACAAAGCCCGCCUUGGCAAUGGUAGAUGCUUCAGCAUGGUCGACGAUUUGAAGUACCUGGCUCUUGACACGAUCAUGAUCUUUCACUUCGGCGACGACUUUGCAGAUUCAGCUCUAGCAAGGCAGGUAGAGUUCAUAAAAGGGCUGAAAAAGACCGAAGUAAAGUUCGGAGCUCAUGGCGAGGCUAUUUUCCCCCAAGCUAAACUACACAGCUUUCAGGAGGCUCUGACCUAUCUCGGUGACAGAGUCACAGCUAUAUAUGCCACCAAAUGGCCCGUUGCGCUUGUUUCCUGGUGGUUGCGCUGGGGGACAUCGCACUGCAGGAAGCUUUUCAGUUACAAGGACAGCUUCAUUCGCAGACACAUUGAUAUAGGGGUCAAACGUUCAAUCCAUGAUGAGGAGGCGAAGACCGGCAUCGACUCUAUGGUCUUCCGCGAGCAGAAGGCAGCCAUGAAGGCUGGCCGGCCAACAGUGCUGGGCAAGUCUAUAUUUGUAGACGAGGCCUGGGGAAACCUCGUUGCUGGGCAGCAUACCACAAGCGCAGCCCUCGUCUGGAUCCUGAAGCUGUUAGCCGACUAUCCAGGCGUCCAGGAGACGCUUCUCAGCGAGUUGCAGUCGGCUCUUACUGAGGCGGUACAGGAGAAUAGAUUGCCAACCUGUGCCGAGAUUAUUAACACCAAAAUCCCAUACCUCGAUGCCGUGCUCGAGGAGAUGCUGAGGCUCCGUGCUGGCAUGAUCGUGCCUCGAGACACGGUCCGCGACACGGAGCUUCUCGGUCACCACAUCCCUAAGGGUACGGUUGUACUUAUGAUCCUUCAGGGGCCGGACUUCUCCAAAGCACCGUCUACCAAAUACUGGCGGGAAUUGAAGACGGAUGCGACGCGAGUAAAGCAGUACCCUGGUAAUGGAAACGAGGACCUUGAGGUUUUCGAUCCUGAGCGCUGGCUGGUGCGGGGUGAGAAGGGAGAGAUUAUCGAGUUUGAUGGUUCAACGAACGCACAACUGGCCUUUGGCCUCGGCAUCCGGGCAUGCUGGGGCCGGCGGCUGGCAAUGCUAGAAACGCGAAUCAUGACGGCUAUGAUGGUGUGGAAGUUCAACUUCGGGCAGGUACCAGAGGCUCUCGCUUCUCACGCAGCAACAUACGAUAUUUCAUACCGAGCGAAACAAGGAUUUGUGAAUAUCGAAAGUCGCUAG